AUGUCGUCCCAAUCCUACGAGCUGAAAGAUGCCUCAGACAGCCAAUCGGAUUCACCCGUCUUACCACGUGCAAGACGAGGCUGCUUCAUCGGACCAGUCCUGGGAUUUCUCCUGACUCUGCUGGCAGUAGCCUGUGCUAUCGGUGUGGGCGUGCUGGUGUACUUCGCUAGUUCCAGGAACAUCCAGUGCCAAUGCAGAACGAACGAGAGUGUCGAGGCGGCGUGUAUGAACCUGGCUUCAUCCGGAGACAAAAAUGUCUGUGCAUUGUGCUUACAUAAGAACGAAGAGGUCGUGACAUUUGAUGUGGCACUAGUCAAAGACACCAGACUGCCAACUGCCCUCUACCCGCUCCACUACAACCUUGAGAUACAGACCAAUCUACUGGGCAUGGACCGAAACAAUCUGACUUUUAAGGGGUAUGUUGAAAUCUGGUUACGGUGUGACGUAACUACAGACAACGUCACCCUGCAUGUAGAGGGGCUGAAUGUCAACAUCACCAGCGUCAAGAUCAAGGCCGAGCGCGAGGGUUCGAAUCCUGUGGUUGAUUAUUAUGAGGAGGACAAAGAGCGGAUGUUUUACAUUUUUUACUUGAAUGAAUCGAUGCAGGCCGGAUUAACAUACAUUAUAUCGAUGAACUUCUCCGCGCCAAUACGAAAAGAUUUAGUUGGUUUCUAUUCCAGUUUUUACAAGAGGAACGACCGUAAUGUGUACCUGGCAGCCACACAGUUUCAGGUUGCUGAUGCCAGGAAAGCUUUCCCUUGUCUGGACGAACCGGGGCUAAAAGCCACAUUUAAUAUCACACUUGUUCGCCCGUUACAUCUGGCAAGCCUGUCCAACAUGCCGAUGCUGGACAACAGUACAUUUUUGUAA